GAAAAAUAGAGGGCGUCAAUGGAGAACCAUAAUUUGAACGCCCGGCAAAUAAGUGUUUGUUGUCCGUCAUCAGCUGAUCGGGUUUGUGACACUUGACGUCUUUCUUUGACAUGUCUGACUUGCACGAAGCAAAACUUAUCGAGGGAGACGCCUGAAGGGUGUCCUCUCGGGCUUGAGGAGACAGCACAAUGGUUUCAGGUGUGGUGGAUCUUGUUAGUAAUGCUUUGUGUCUUCCAUCACAGUAUUGCUGCCUUGGUCCUUUACAAGGUAGCAUUGAAUGCUUUAUCUCUGCACCGUGGAUCAGAGCUGUGAUUAAAGAUGGACAGUAUACUCAGCCUCCUCUUCAUGAGCACCUCAGCCUCGCUGAAGUACAGUCAGCUAUUCAGCUUAGAGAAAAAAUUGGAGACUUAUGGCAGAGAGUGUUAAUACAGGUUAUACCAAAAAGUGAAAAGGCAGUUUAUCCACUUGCAAGAAGAUCAGAGCAUUCACCUGGAUUAAUGGCUGAUGUUUCAUUUUCCCAACUUCUUCACUAUGUAGCCACAUCCAACAACAAAAAUCUUUGGAAAGAUGCUUACAAAAAGUUUCCAGAACAUGGAGUUGCAGUUCAGUGGAAGGGUGGAGCUCAUGUAGGCACAGAUAGUUUUCAUAAUGUUUUAAGAGAUGUUAUGUGGAGAUUUUAUGGUUGCAAGAUAAUUCCUCUUAGGGAAGAUUCUUCAGUGCAUCCUAAACUACAAAAUAGUCGUAUUCAUGGUCCCCAUUCAAAUUUACUGCCAGCACUUUGUGCCUUUGAAGGAGAGCAACAUUUCUUUGUUGUUCUCUUUAGUGUACAUCACAAUGUUCAGCACUGUGUUUCAUUUAGUCCUGCUCGGUUGAAUGAGUCAGCAGCCAGACCACUCUUCAUUUUGUAUCAGAUUCUUGAAGCUGUCCGAGAUACUCAUGAUCGUGGCUUGCACCUUGGUGAUGUUACACUUAAUCAUCUUUUUAUUGAUAAUGCCCUCUACCUCAGUUUACUUCCACAUAUCCAAGACAAUCUCCUAUAUCCAGAUUUCAUACAUGAUCUUGAUAAAAUGGGCACCACUGAUGUUAUGACAAAACUUGAAACUGCCAAGAAAAAUUUCCAAAAGCAAAGCACAGUCGGUCGUUUGUCACAAACUUUAGAAACAUCUCGGAGUGCAAUUGACUGGGAUUCUGAGCAUUCAGAUAACUAUGAUCCAAGUUUAGAGAAAACUUAUGCUAGUCAUAACCAAAGAGCAAGUAUUUCUUCAGCUGAACAUGUGUCAGCAUCAUUGAAGAAGACUGAUGCGCAGGGUAAUGAAGAUACUGAUCAACAAAAUGGAGAUGGAGGAAAUCAUAUAGAAGACAGACUUAGUGCCUAUCAAAGGCUAAUGUCAAGUGAAGAUGCAUUUGAAAUCCUUAAGCAGAUGGACUGCAACAGUCUCCAGGAUGCAGAAUUAGAGACACUGCUGCAGUGCUCUUUAGUACAACUUACUCAGUUAUGGGUGGGUCAUCAGAUAACAACCCUUGACUACCUCCUGUGUCUCAACUUUUUUGCUGGACGAAGAUUUAAUUCACCUCAUUACCAUCCAAUCAUCCCAUGGGUUAUGGAUUUCACGGGAAGGAACUCUGGAUGGCGGGAUUUAACAAAAACAAAGUUUCGCCUUAAUAAAGGAGACCAACAGCUUGACCAUACCUAUCAAAUGGCUGGUAGUCAAGGACAGAAUAAACACACAGUUGCCCAUCAUGUGACAGAGAUUUUCAGUGAAAUCACAUAUUAUGUGUACAAGGCUCGUGUAACACCCAAAGAACUUUUAACAAGAUAUGUACGACAGCAGUGGGUACCAGAACAUUACCCUGCUACUAUUAGUCGUUUGUAUCUUUGGACACCUGAUGAAUGCAUUCCCGAAUUUUUUGCUGAUUCUACUAUUUUUAAGAGCAUUCAUCCAGAUUUGGGUGAUUUAGAGGUACCUGAUUGGUGUGCAGAUGUUCAAGACUUCCUGGAUGUCCAUCGCACAGUUCUGGAAAGCAACAGAGUUUCUCAGCGUCUUCACCACUGGAUUGACCUUAAUUUUGGACAUAAGUUAUCUGGAGCUGCUUCAGUAAAAGCUAAGAAUGUUUGUCUCCAGCUGGUUGAUGCUCACACAUCCCUGUCUGUUGGUGGAGUUGUGCAGUUGUUUUCUAUGCCUCACCCUCCAAGAAUCACUCCUUCACCUUAUCUUGGAAGAUCUCCUCCAAAGUUUAAUAUGUCUGCACAGCAGGAUGCAAAGGGCGAAAAGAGUGAAGAUGUAAGUGAAGCAGACUCAGCACCAGAGCGACAAGAUGAUGAAACUGAAAGUGUCAAGUCUUUAGCUUUCUCCAAGAAGCUGAGUCGUUCCAGAACAUCCCUUUUUGAAGAAAAGCUGUCUGAAAUGCCAAAUAUUCAGCUACCACAAGAUUAUAAUCCACUAGUGGCUCUAAAUCGAGUAGAAAUGCUUUUUAAUUUAGUCUUGAAGUCUUCAAGAACUAUACCCGAUCAGAAUAUAAAGUGUAAAGACACUCAGCUAGCUGUCAAACAAAUUGCACAUCUAAGACGUGUUCGUGACAUGCAAGCAAUUGGAUGUAUUAUUGUUGAAAUGUUUUCAUCAUCAAAAUGUCAUAUUUUAAGUAGCAAAGCAUCAUUGUCAGAUAGGUAUACUCAUGCACGUAAACUUGUGAUGCAUGAUCAGACAGAUAUACCUAGGUGUAUACGUCAUACGUUAAAAGUUAUUUUCCAAAUUAAUAGUACAAAAAGCUCACAUGAUAAUACUCUUCCUAAUAAAUAUGAGCCAGUUUCUUCUGAUGGGUUGCCACCACCGAGUGCACAUCAGUUACUUCAGCCGUUAAUUAAUGUUAUUGUCUUCCCUUCUUACUUUCCAAAACUUUAUGCAUUCGUUUGCAAGAUGAGACAGUAUUCUCAGAUACUUAAUGAAGUGAAUUCAAUAAAGUGUGAACCACAAUCGAAACAAGAGUAUAUCUCGAAGGUGGCUGAAAUCAGAGUUAAGACCGCUGCAAGAGAUUUGCCAAAACUUUUGCAAAGUCUUUCUGCUGAGGGAUUAGAUCUUAUUCUCCCUUACUUGAUAGAACUUUUUGAUUAUCAGGAAAGUGCUGUUAAUGCUGCAUGGUACUUAAUCAGUCCUUUAGCACAAGCACUUGGACCAGAGGAAUCUAAUAAACAUCUUUUGCCCCUAAUGGUGAAGUUGUUUGAAGCUGAAGUUGUCACUGACAAGCACCUUAAGCUUUAUCAUCGAUCAUUUUUGCUGCAACUGAUUGUCUGGUUUGGAUUACACAAGUUCCUGUCACAUUUUAUAACACCAAUAAUUGAAGGUGUUGGAGGUUACAAAGAAGUGCUUGGAAAGGCUCAGCAGUCAUCAGAAGUUGUAAGAAAGCAGUCAACAACUCUAAAGACUGUUGAUAUAAGCCUUGGUAAUGAAGGUGUAACUUCUCCCUGUGAGGAAGACUCACAUUCAAGCAACACAGAAAUCACCCUUAGAAUGGAAUCGGAAGGAGUUUUGGAAACCCCUCGUUUAGAAGCUGAUCUUACAGAUGCUGAGGCUGAAGCUGAACCAGAGGUAUUUGUAUUUGAGGGUGGAGAAGAUGACGUAGAUGCUAGUUAUCCUGAAACUCCCUUACAAGAAACAAGUGACCAGUUAAGAUCUCCUUUGGCAUCUGAAACACUAAGUCUAGAAGAAGUAUCUAUGCAAGAAGGGUUAGGAUCCAUCCCAUCCUUAUGCCCUUCACCACAUUCUCCAUCAAUGAGUGGCGAUGAAGAGGAAGAGCGAAGCAGUGAUCCAGAUACCCCAACUCCUUUGGCUACUGCUUACUCAGUAUCUACUGUAUCCGCAACAAACAGCAUUUCAAUUCCUAAAUAUGGAUCGAAUGGUACAUCAGGCAUGAAGAUAAAUGAACAGUACUCUACUUCACUUCCAGAUUUUCGUUUGGACAAGGAUUCGUGUGAUGAAGUUGUGGAUAUGGAUGGAGGAAACAAAGACAACAUGAAGAGCAUUUUUAGAGAUGUGGAAAGUGUUGACAAGCAAAAGGUUGAUCUUAAUCAUAGUAUGUCGGAUGUGUGUUGUGAAAGUGUAUUGUGGUUAGCUGGGAGGCUUGGACCAGUUCUUACUUCCCGUUACGUGACUCGCAAUCUCUUACGAAUGCUGACCCUCUGCUACUUGCCAGACUCAGGUGCUUUGAACCCAAUACCUACUGACCCUAGGGAUGAAUUAUCAGUGACACGAAAACGAAUUCUUGGCGAUAGGUUUGCUGCCAAGGUGUUGCACUGUCUUUCAGAAAUUGCAUGUCUCUAUGGGGAACAAGUAAUUUUGCUCCAGUAUUUAUGUCAUAUAUGUGAGUUGGUGGCAUCAUGUAGGCGCAAACUUUCAACAACAAUGGAAGGUGGUCUCUUAGGAGCCAUGGCAUUGUUGCAGUAUCUUCUUCCAUAUCUUACUGACAGUACAUUCAUGGAGCACUUGCAGGAAACAUUGAUACGGAAUGCUGUGUACCCAGUUAUACGUCUUCUGUCGUCUACAAAAGUUAAUUUUCCCCAUGGUGGAGCUGCACGAGGAGUUUUAGCUUGUCGAGUCAUUGACUGCCUGUUCAUUAUGGCUUUACGUGUUGGAAGAGAAAUGAGUAAAAGCAUUCUUAUGCCAACCAUUACAAGAUUUAUGACUGCAUUUGAUAAGUGUCACAGUAACUCAUCAACUCAAGCAGGGGCUUCACCAAGGUCACUUGAUGCAGAAGAAGUUCUUGGUUGUAGUGCUGAAGAUGGAACUUCUGUUGCAAGUCUUCAGGCUUCACCAUCAAGCUUGGAUUCGGUUAAAGCUAAGGCCAUUGAAGAACUGAAACAAGUAUUUACACCAGAAUUAGCAUACUUGUCUUACGUCCCUUUAUGUAGAUUCCUUGGGGCUUCAUACAUGGAGGCAACUCUUCCCAAUCAUGAUUUAUUGAGGUCCCUUUGUCUUCAGCAUGAUGAAAACAAUCAAGCUGAUCAUGCAGCAGUACUAACAGAUGAUGGUCUUGCAAUGAGCAACUCAUCCAGUACUGUUGAUGAUCCUGGUGGAAGGCGUUCAAGUAUCAAAGGCCCCAAUGUAGCAAUGACUGGAAACAGAAUAGAUAUUAAGGAUGCAUCUGAUGGAAUUAAUUCCCAGAUGGAACUUCCUCCAUCAAUAGGUUUUGCAACUACCAUAGAUAUAUCAAAAUACACGGGAUGUAGGAUGGAAGAUACUCAGAGGCAUCUGCGAGGAAAUUGGUUAGCAUAUUGGGAGCACGAGAUUGGAAGAAGUGAACAGGAUUUAAGAUUCAACUUCAAACAGAUCAAAUUACAAACGUUUAUAGGUCAUAGUAAUAGUGUGAAAAGUAUACAUAUCCUUGAUAAUGAAAAUUCUUUCAUAUCCUGCAGUAAAGACAAGACAGUGAAAUUAUGGUCAUUACGAAGUCAGGGAGAUGGCAGUGCACAUGUUAGUGCACAGUGGACAUAUACUGGGCACAAAAAAUCAGUCUUUGGAGUCACCUUUUCAGAGGCUAUGAGAUAUGCAGCAUCUUGUGAUUCAACUGUUCAUGUAUGGGAUCCGUUCAUAUGUGCAGGAAUCAAGCAGCUGGAUUCCCUUCGCCAUAGUCCAGUUACUGUACUAACAGCUAUGUCUCCUCCAUCUACUCAGUUAGUGGCUGCUACAACAGAUGCAACACUUAGGUUUAUUGAUCUUCGAACAUGCAGCUAUACACAUGAGUUCAAAGUAUCAAUGGGUGGUGCAGGUUUGGUACGAUGUGUAGAUACAAGUGGUGAUGGACGUCUUGUCACUGUAGCACAUUCCUCCGGUGUUAUUUCCGUCCUUGACAUACGCACAGGACAUCUCUUAUCCACGUGGAAACCUCAUGAAGGAGAAGUACUUUGUAUGAAAUGGUAUAAGGAUGGGACAUUUAUUAGCUCAGCACUAGAUCAAACUGUCUCUGUUUGGAAUGUUGAUGACAACAAAUUGAAAUUCACCCUCAGGGGACCCACAGAACCAGUUCAUUUGAUAAGUUUAUAUGGUGAUGAAGUCAUAACUGGAACCACAGCCAAUCGCAUUGGAGUACACACUUCUGUCUCGCCAACAGCUUCAUUCUCAUCAAUAAGAUUGCGUUCAGAUACAUUCCGAGGCGUUCUUACAACUAUGGCGCUUUUGCCUUUAAAUAGACUGCUUCUUUUAGGAGCUGAUAAUGGGACCAUUAGACUGUUGUGCUGAACACUUCGUGGAUGUCCAUUUUGAAGCUUGUUUUUGAUAAUAUUAAAUAAUCUUUUUCUAUUUCUAGCUAAAAGCUCAAAUGAAGUCAAGAGGCAGUUUUCAUUUUUUUUGUGGUAAUGGUCUCAUUAUGGAACUUUAGUAGGUUUUGCACAUAAAUAUGUACUGGAAAGAUUUUCAACAAAUGAUAGAGAUAAGAAAUUGAGCUUAAUGCUAAAAUCAGCAGAGUCCCAUUUUUGCUCACUUUUGCAGAUAAUAGAAAUUUUUUAAGAUAUGUUACAGAGGACAUUUCUUUUGAAUAUGAAUGAAGAUGAAAUAUUUUUUUUUACCAAUAAGUCCUAUAUUGUUUUCGCAUGUAUUUAGAAUCUAAAGAAUUACCAAAGAAAAUUAUGCUACAAUAGCUGCCGUUGUUUUCAGCAUGGUUAGAUUUCAAGUGUAGUUAACACUAUAGCUUGUUAUACACUAAAAGUUGAUGUUUUGCCUGAUGUCCAUAAGCAAAAGUUAAUACUUUACAAAACAUUAGAAAAUACUCUUUAGUAGUUAACGCAAGGAAUCCAGAAUCUGUAUGCAUGUUUUGUGAGAAGGAAUUGAUUUUUAGGGAAAAUUUACCAUCACUGACUUUAGUUCUUUGGAGUGAAGUGCUAUUUUUUUAAAAUGUAAAUUUCUUGAAAGGUUUGCUUCACAAUUUCAAUACUUGAUAAAACAUUUUUUACACAUUCAAGGUGUCACAAAGUGAGGUUACAAUUGUUAUGAUAACUGGUUCUCAACAAACCCAUUACGUAGAAUUCAGCUAAAAUUCUUGGUCAGCAAAAUUUCCUAGACACUCCAUUAAGGUUUCACAAUGAAAUGAGUAAUUUCAACAUACCUAGUGUAUCCCAUGGCUCCUCAGGUUUAACCCAAGUCUCAGUUUUGUACCAUUGAUCCUCAGGUUUAACCUAAGUCACACUUUUUAUGUCUUGCCUUCUAGUAAGCGGUUAUAGUUUUCUCAGUUCUUGACAGAUCAUUCUGUCAGAAUUAAAUCCUUCCAGUCUGUUUUUCUUAAAUCUCGAGUAUUUUUCCUCUAAACUAACAUUACUUUAUGCACAUUGCAUUAAACAAAUUUAUUUCAUAAAAUUCUAGUUAUAGUUUUCCAUCAUUGACUAGUAGGGUUUCUGUCCCCUUGUCAGUGGUAUUAUGGAUAUUACUCAACAGAGAAGUAUUAUAGGUACUUUUCAUAUUUGGUUGUUGAAAUUAAAAGAAUUUGUUUCUGUAUUUGAUUGCAUAAUGUUUUCUGGAUUUUUAGUAUAUUUCUGGUCUUUGCUUAUUGGCAAUUAGUGUUAGUGUAGAGGGUGAUUGUAUAAUAGUUACUAGUGAUAAUGAUUGUUAGCUCACUUCCAAGAUAUCUUUCUGUGCUCAGUAGUCGCAGAUUUUCAGUGUAGAAAAUUUUUAUAGCUAUAUGAUGAAUACAUUUACUAUUUUCCAUGUACAGAAUUUUUAUAUAUCUAAUUUCCACAUCCUGCCAAAAGUACAGUUUAUUCCCACCACCUGUUAUUUUAACUGCUAUUGAUAAAUCUUUAGCUUCAGAUUCUUAACAUAAUUCUGUUUAUUUUAUAAUUAUGCUACGUUCACCUUAGAGGAACUACAGUGAAGGUGUAAGGGAUGACCUGACCUGACCUUGUAGGCCACGUAAAAAUAAUUGUAGUUUUGACAGGCGACCUCUCAGCUGAGUUAAUAGCCUGCCUAGUAGAACCAAUUCCUUUAUUAUGGGAGGUUUCUAGAGUUGCCACCAAACAUAGAACCUCUGCUACCACCAAAAUGUUGGCAUUCGUCAUCAUGUUCCUUUAUAGGUUGUGACAGUAUUCAUUGCUGCAAGUACUCCUGUCAAGGUUGUGCCCCAACUUUCAUUGGGAGCAACAAUAGCAGCCACAGUCUUGUAUGCCACUUCAAUUGACUUUGCUCUGUGGCACCCAAGGAAUGCUGGAACUUCAUCCAGCUUCCAAACUCCCAUCCAAUUGAAGAGCCCUUCUGAGAUCAAGACCAGCGAUGCCUUGAGUAAUAGGCAACUGACAGUAGUAAUCUAUUUUAGGCUAUGUUAGGAAGGAGAAGCAAUAAUAACAUCAGCAGCAUCUAAAAGCAUCACAAACUAGCAACAGCCCAAAGGCACAUUGUAACUUGUGUGUGAAAGAAAGUUAUCUACUUCAACACCAAAGCUUGGUAGCCUUCCUCACCUGAACCCAGAUUACUAUGGGUAGAAUCUAGCUACACAACAACUGAACUAUCAUCAAGCCUCACACUCACAGUAAAUGCUGCACAUGCAGACACACUUGCAAACUAUUUCAAUGGUCUGGCUCAUGGCAGGGGUGGUCAACUGCACAUUUAUGAACUCUCCCUAAAAAUGAAGUUUCCCUUGUUGUUGCUGCCUUCACAGCAGCAUAGUUGCAAUCUUGCAGUAAAGAUUAAGCUCAUGAUGGGUGCUGCACUCAUGGCAGGAGGCUGUGAUACUGACAGACUCAGUGUUGCAGCACACUUAAGAAUUCUACCAAGGAAGAGCAAGCACAUGAGAGAGAUGCUGCACUCUUGAGAGGACUUGUGCUUGGGGAUAGACCUUUGAUAUUUUACAUCAAUGGGUUUGUUUAGAAAUUUAUUAUUUUUUAAAACAGUUUAACCAUAUUUUUUUCAAAAAACAAAGCUUACUCAUACAAACUAUUAUUAGUGCCCACCUACAAAUUUUGUUGAUUUUUCAUGGUUACUGACUAAACUUAGCUGAAAGUGAAGCUCUUACUUAUAAGUACCUGAGGAUCUAUGGGACACACGUGCAGUGCACUUGACCAAUGGACCAUUUCCUUUUGACUCGGGACUGUUUAAAAAAUUCACCCCUGAAAUCUGAGCAAAAUUUAGUUACUGCUUGCUGUAUUUGUUUCUGAAAUUUCAAUUUUUUUCUUUCUGGGUGGCUGGCCUAACUUCUUCAUGUAGUACUAUGCUCCUCAAUUUGGUGCUGAAAGAAAAGCUUUAAAAAUCAUUUUCAGAUUCAAGAGGAACUUGUACAAGGCAAUAAAGCUUUUUAAUUUUUUUGAUUAAAUAGCACUGUUGUAAGUUACAAUUUUCUACUGUAAAGAAGCAUUUGAAGAAAAUACGGCAGUUCUUUUGACUUCAUAGAAUUUUUAUUUAACCGCUGUUUGUUACAAUUUUUUACUGUAAAGAAGUAUUUGAAGAAGAUACAGCAGUUCUUUGACUUCCUAGAAUUUAAAUGGCGGUUAAAUAUUUAACCACUGUUUGCUAAUUUCUUGUGUAAUUUAUACUAUAAUGAGAAGUGCACCACAUAAAGAACAGAAAAUGAAAGGCCAUUGUAACAUAUCUUCAGCUGGACUAUCAUUUAAGCUGUUUAUAAUUUGUAAAUAUCCAUAUGCUGCAUCAGCAGUUUUAGCAGGGUAAAAAAUACUGUAAUAUGUAUAACACAAUACAGUAUUAAUGGAUUGAUGUCCUUGAUGUGUGCAUCUUGAGACUGAAUACAUUCCAAGUGUGACAAAUUUAGUCAUAUUUUGAAGUGGAUAUUUUUUUCUCUCUUUAUCAGUACUGGGUUCACUUGAAAUUUUCUGUAUUUGGAAAUGAAGGCUUUAAAGUGUAAUAAAGUGUAAAUAAUUUAAGAAUACAGACCAAUACUAUGAAUGGCAUUUCUCUAAAACAUUUGCCUUUAAACACAGUAAAUUAUAUGUCACUUCUUAUCAACACUUAAGAAGAGUUGAUGAAAAACAAUUAAGUGGUACAACUUACUGUUGUCUAAAAUGUAACACAAAAAAUUGGAGAUAUGUAUUGCUUUCUCAAUAGUUUUUUUAAUUAAAUGUUAUACACCACACCUUUUCAGUCAUCUGUAACUUAUUUUACUGUUAAAGAAUCACUGAUAACAAUGUGACAUCUUUUAAAAUGACAAGUGACAUAAGUCACAUAUAAGUAGGGAAGUGUAAGUUUGAAAAAAUAUAUGCCUGUAUGUAUGUUGUAAAUCAGAUAUAUUUUCAAACCAUAUACAAUUUCAGACUCACACUCAACCUACAUGAUUUUUAUACAAUUUUCAUUUUAUUGUAUAUGCUGAAUACCACUAUAAAUAAAAAACAACAAUAUUAAA